AGAACAGGGAAUCGAGAGUAACGAUUAAACGCUUUUCAUAUAACCGGCCGAAAUUACUUGGAAGAAAAGAGAAACAAGCCUGUUAACUUCUUCAAUGCAUUCUUUGGCAAAUAAGUCAAUAUUUGCAUCUACAACUAUAUUGAAUCUAAUGAUAUUAGCCAGCUGUAUAGUAACGGGAUCGAGCAGGCACAUAACUAACAACGAGGGUCGACCAAGUGAUAUCUUAAAUACUUACGAUGUGGGUGAUAGCCUGCUAUGGAAGAUGCUGUCAGCGGGACUGGUCGAAUACUCUCCUGGUUUUACUGUUAAUAGUCGCAUAGCUCAAUCGAACGAAGACGCAAUGGAUGCAAACAAACUAGACACAUUCCAAAAACGCCGUGAUGACCAUGCGAAACGAGACAUGCACGAAGCAUGCUGCAGAAACGUUAUGGACGCAUGCUCAAUGCACAAAUGGGGGCAUGGUUGUAUCGAGGCCUUACAAGGCAGAAUGUGUGGAUCUAUGGGACUUUGUCAAAACAAGUAGUGGACAUUAAUGUGCCUUCAGAAAAAUGAAUACCUACGUAUAAUCACGAUUUACAUUACAUAUAAUUAGAGGACAUAGAAUUCCUAAUAUUGAUACCUGCAACAGGUUAAUUAGACAACUUUAUAAGUUGGUCGUUAGAUGUGUCCAUACAUGAAUAUUUUUGUCAGUUUUUCUCAUGGACUUUCAAGACCCUUUGGUUUUUCUAUAUCACUGUUCCACAUCAAGAUAUAGAUGGCGCUAAUUGCAGUUACAGUAAUCAAAAUAGUGGACACAAAUUCUUGCAAAUUAGAUUCAAUUACACAGGUCAUUGCCUUAUGACAUUCAAUUACAGAUCUUUGCCCUACGUAACCGUGAUGUCAAUAAGCUUGAUUUGUCAAUCGUACGACGAUCAUGCAACUAAUCACUCAACGGUAAAAAUCUAGUGGACAACGGGUUAUAAUGAGACAAGGGAAAAAUUAGGACAUUUGAAUUGUUGACACUUGACUGAGUUGCAGUCACAUGAACGCUUUGAAAUUCUUAGAGAAUUCUUAGAGAAUUUGGAAAAAUAACUUUGACUUUUUGAGAUUCAUAUACAAAUCCUAAGGCGUCAUAUUUAAGACUGUGAAACAACCCGACAGCUACCUGUAGUUUGUAUGUCGUAGAUAGACAUAUUUACGCGAUAUGAUAUUUUCCCUGCAAAACCGUUUGCAAGAUUCAUCUGAAAUCUUCGGGGAUGUUUCUACGUGUAAAGAUUUAGAACUAAUUAGUUUUUGGUCAUUCUGGGAAAAUCUUAGGGCGGCCAUUUUGGAAUUUCCGUCCUAAAAUUUUGUCUGUCCAGGCUCGUCUACAGGUUUCCAGAAAACCCGUUUCAGGGAUUCAUUUGAAAUUUCCAGGAAUGUUCUAACU